AACCAGGUGCCGCGAAACGGAGAAUUUUUACAGUGAAUGUUAUUCAACUACUUCGAUAUUACGGUGUUUUAUUAUGGAUUAAGAUUAAUCGAUUCGUAAUAUGGAAGAUAUCAUGGUCUACUGCACCUCUUUAUUGUUUAAAAAUAGCCUCAAGGAAAGCGUAGUGUUGCAUGCUAGUGAAGCAUGAUGCAGACUCGGGAGAAUAGAGAACUAACUGCGUUCAUAUUCACACAUGCAUAGCUCAGAAGAGAUAAGAUAUCUCGAAGAUGCAGUCUUCUACAAUAAGAAAAGACAAAACUAUCGUGUUCUUUAUUAGCUGUUAAAUCUAAAGUCAUGGUUGGUUUCUCGUUCAGCCGGCAAGAACAGUUGUAUGGUAAGAUUACAUUUUAGCGAUGGUGUAGGGCUAACUCAAAGCCGGUUUUCAAGUUUCAAUGGUCUUAAUUUUUCUAGCAAUGAUGGGAAAAAAGGCUGACAGCCUAAAGGAGCUCAGUACGCCAGAUGAUUGGGAGUUAGUUGAAAGCAUCGGCGAAGGAACGUAUGGUGAAGUAUACAAGGCAAGGAACAAGGUUACUGGAGAAAUCGCUGCAGCGAAGGUCAUCGAUUCCAUCCACGAGAAAAUCGAAGAAGUUCUACCCGAGCUGGAGAUUCUGAAAAGAUAUUCUACGCAUCCAAAUUUAGCUGGUUUUCAUGGAGCUUUCAUCAAUGUGGACACUAAACAUAAUCAGCUCUGGCUCGUUAUGGAGGUGAGAUAUUAAAACUGAUAGUCACUUACGUCUGUCCCUUACGCUUGCGAUGAUUUUUUUAGCCAUUUAAUAGCGAUUUUAGCUUCUUUGGGUAUGAAAUAAACCCGCUAAUGACAAAACAAAUGUCCCGAACCCAACUGUUACAAUUAGUGUAGAGUAAAAAUAUGCUCUUAAUUGCCGAGAAUCGUCAGUGUGUGUUAAUUACUUAACUUUGAUUGCAAUUGCCUCAAAAGUGAUACAUUUUUAAAGUUUUUUUAACAUUUCCUUGCCGACCUGAAAGUAAAAUUUGACGUAACAAAUCUCAUAUCAUUCUUUGUUGGGAAAGUUCCAGCAAAUUAUUGAAAACUUACAUAAUGCUCCAGUUGACAAAUCACACAUUAAACGUGAUUCCUAUUUGCAUUUAAAAACAGAACUGCCUUAUUUUGCAAACAGUCUUUUUUUGUUGGAGAUAUUUGUCAUAUCUAUGCGUGAAACAUGUUAAAUUAAGACAACAAAAUCUGUGAUAAUUUUGCACUUUUAUGACAAAUUUUAUUAGUGAAAAUCUAUAAUAUACUGGUGGGAUAAAUAUUCCUGCAGUAACGAACAGGUGGUAUUGGAAUGCACAAAUAUUGACUAAUGAGGAUGGGGUGGGUUAAGUUUUAUAGGUCGUGGUCAUAGGCGUUGAAUGUAACACAGGGUAAGUGACAUUCAAGGGUAAUAGAAAAUGUUGACAAGUAGAUAAUGUCAGGGAAAAUAACCUCACUCCCUUCUCCAAUUAACAAAUACAUAUUCAUAAAGAAAUGAAAAAUGUUUAUUUCUCCCCCCUAGCCCUCAUCCUUUUAUGAGAGCUUCUGUUUGUAAUAAACAGAGGAGCCUUUUAAUAGAUGCAGAAAUGUACUGUAGCACAGGAAUACCAACAUUUGUAAAGCUGUCUUUUUUUCUUAUUAACUGUUUUGCUUAAGCUUUGUCGUGGUGGAUCAGUAACCAAUCUUGUGAAGAGCUUGAGAAAGAGAGGAAAAUACCUUGAUGAAGACCUUAUUGCCUACAUCCUUUAUGAAACACUAAAGGUAAAUACUGCAAAAGGUUUCAGUUUUUCAGUCUUUGACCCCAGCACUGGCUAUGAUUUUGAUGAAAAGGAAAGACACAAAACGUUUAUUGUUUAAAUUUUUUUAGUUUCAUUUAAAUGGUAUUUCUGUUCAAAGCUUCAAAAUGUGUUCUCCUUACAUGUGCGUAGUUGAACUUGCGAAAGAAAAACUAUUAUGUUCUAGAGAAAUCUACACCAUUCGGGACAGCAGUGUCAGUUUUACUUUUAUUAUCAUAACCAUGUCAAAGUCCAAUAAUUUUAUCCUUGUUUGAAAUUUUAUUUCUGUUUGUUCCAUAUCAUUGUCAUAGACAUAAAUCAAUAUACCCCAAAACAAAGAAAAAUAAUCUUUGAACCAUGGAACCAGCAUACAUCAUGUUUAUUUUGUUUCAUGUACGGUAGGGAAUUGAACAUCUUCACAGGCACAAUGUUAUGCACAGAGACAUUAAAGGUCCAAAUGUCAUGCUAACAAACACAGCAGAAAUCAGAUUAAUUGAUUUUGGUAAGUCGUCAUGUCAUCAAAGACUUCAAACAGGUAGAGGUAUCUUGUUCAAACAGUGUUCAUUUUUCAAACUCAUUAGGACAAUUUGAAGCACAUUAAUUUACCAAGAAAGGUAAACUGUGUUUUUUAAUAUGAUACUUUUGUAUAAUCAGUUAUGUUACAUAUUAUUAUUUUUUAUUGUACAGUUGUUAAAAAUAUUAAUAUUACCAUAAUCAAUUUUGCUCUAAAAGCAUAGUGCAGAAUCUUUCAAAUGUUGCAAAUCUUUGUGCUGAAUUCUGUUUGGUUAUAACAUUGUUAUUAAUUUGAUUAAGGUACAAAAUGUAAGGUAUAUUUAGUGAACAUUUAGGUAGGCAUUGUUGGCCAGUCCAUUACGUUCAUUCUUUAUCUGUCAGUUAGCCAGUUGUCAAUAUUAUUCAGGCAGUCUCUCCAACAUUUGUUUAGUCUUUAAAAGAACCUAAAAAAAUACUAAAGCCAUAAAGAAAUGGCCAAAUAAAUACAGUUUUAUAUUUAUAGAUUUAAGUAACAAGUUUAAACAAUCCUUAUUUGUUAAACAAUUUCUUAAUCUUUUCUUUGAUAUUAGGUGUUUCAGCAGAGUUGUCAAACAUCUUAAUGCGACGUAACUCAUCAGUGGGAACACCAUUUUGGAUGGCUCCAGAAGUCAUUGCCUGUGAACAGCAGCUGGACUACAGUUAUGAUAUUCGUUGCGACAUUUGGUCCCUGGGUAUAACUGCAAUUGAACUUGCUGAUGGUGCCACACCGCUUUCAGAUCAACAUCCAAUGAGAGCUCUGUUUAAAAUUCCCAGGUCAGACUUCAUUCCUAUGUAUUUUGGACAAAGAUAUGUUUCAUCAGUCUUGCUGGCCUAUAGAGUACUAAAGUGUGACGUCAUAAAAAUGAAAUUUCUGAAAUUAUGGGAUUUGUCAGGAUAUUCUGAAAGAACAAUGUCCAAGAGGCCUGCUUGCCAAAAAUGAGCAUUUGGGGGCAAAUUGUCUCUGAAUUGUCUCUGAGAUCGUAGCCCAGUUAUGCUUACAAAACUCCAUACAAACCCUUCUAAGUUUUUUUUGGGUCGACCCAAAAAAAAAUUAGAAGGGUUUGUAUGGAGUUUUCUGAGUAUAACUGGGCUACGAUCUCAGAGACAAUUUGCCACAAAAUGCUCAUUUUUGGCAAGCAGGCCUCUUGGACAUUGUUCUUUCAGAAUAUCCUGACAAAUCCCAUAAUUUCAGAAAUUUCAUUUUUAUGACGUCAUCACUUUAGUACUCUAUUUAGUUCCCACCAAGGAGGUCCAGUAUCACACUAAAUUUUCUUUUCUUUUACAUUGUUAUUACAUAGUUAUCUCAUAGUUUAAAUACCGCUUAAUGUUAGUUCUCUACAAGUUCAUUCAUUCAUCCAUCUGUCCAUCCAUCUGUUCAUCCAUCCGUCUGGUCACAAGUUCAUAUCUUACAGUAUUUCAUUACACAUUUAAUUAAUUGCAAUGAGACAAUUUAAGAGAGAUCAAACUACCAAGCAGUGGAGUAGGAUUCUAAUGAUAAAAGUACCAAAGAAUUAAAAGAAUAUCUAACAAGAACAUGCAAAUUUAAUUUCAGGAGCAAGCCUCCCUCCAUGAAGAAUCCAGAAAGGUGGUCUCAUGAAUACAGAGAUUUUAUUGCUAAGUGAGUAAUAAUAUUGUAUUUCCUUUUUAUCUUCAAACGAUACAUCCCAAUAAUGGCAUUGCACAAUUUUAGAAGCCCCUUUAUGGGAAUGCAAACAAAGUUUUCUUUUUCUGCUCUUAAGAUAGACUUAAGUAUGUUUUGGAAUAUACUUGUUUUUUUUUUUAGGUGCCUGGUCAAAGAUUUUGAGACACGACCACAUGCAAGUGAAAUGUUGAAGCACAUGUUUGUAUGUUGGGUGGCAUCAAAAAGAGAAACUGUAAGUCAAUGCUUUUUUUAUUAUUUUUGUUUUUGUUAUUUGAAUUGUACUUAUAAAAAACUAUCAGCCAGUAACACUUCCUAGAAAACUGUAGUUAUAAUAAUUAUAAUGAUAAAAAAGAUAAUUAUGUUAUAGAUAAAAAUUAUUAUUAAUAAUAAUAUAAUGACAGUGAUGAGGAUCAUGAUUAUGAUCCCUUAUGGCAUUUUCAGUUACUACACUGUCUAUGACUAACAAAUAUAUAGUUUACCUCUCACUAAUAACACUCUCAUGUCACUAUCAUCUGAGAUGGGGUCAAAAGAAGGUCUCCCAAGUUUUUCAUAAAAUGUUAACAGAUUGAGUGGUCUUCUCUGUUUAGAGAUAAGUAUCAUGGACAUGAUUAAUCUCUGACCAAAUCCAGGUUCUUUGUGAAUGCCUUAUGUCAAAAAUAUGAGUGGUAUUUUUCAUCAAUUUUGAAUGAAACAUCAUUGUCUUAGUGAAAAUAGAAAAUCAUUGUUAUUGAAUCUCUAACAAAAUAUUUGCAAGCAUAGGAGAAUAAUUUAAUGUAUAUAGACACUACUUUGAAGGUGUUACAAACUACAGAAUGGGGUUGCAAGAAGAAAGCAAAACCACUUGCAACUAUUGCCACCUAUGUUGUGGAUUGUUUUUGUUGGUGAAUCAUGUUUGUAGUGGCUGGCAACACUUUAUCCAUAAUCAAUAUCUGUGGAAGAUUGUAAUAAUGGUCAUGCAAAGAAAUGAUUUAUAAAACACACAUUCUACCUUGAGUAAAGGUUGCAUGACAUGUAAUGUAAAUUAAUUGACAAAAAAUGUUGCAGCUUCGCCGAAAGUUGAUGACAUUAAUGGAACUUCAGUAUGAAGGAAGAGACGGUAUCAUGGAUGAAGCCAGUAGGGAGAAGGACGACAAAAUCCUGAGGUUUGUGUAACAUAAAUAAUGCUGUUAAACUUAUUAAUUAUUAACAAUAAAUGACUACCCUUCAAAAACACUUUUUAAGAUGAGUGCUUAAAGCUUGAAUUUAUUUGUUUUUCACCUUUGACAAUUUGUAAUUAUAUUUUCUAUGAUUUUUGUUGAGCUGUUUAUAUAGUCUCAGAUGUUUACUCACACUUGACUAUCAUGAUGUAUAAGAAUAAUAAUAUUGUGUGAAUGAAAGUUUGAUUGAAAGUGUCAUAACCAUGACCAGUGACAUAAUUUAUAUAUAUAUAUAUAGUACUCUUUAUCAUUGUUGGUGGUUAAAUUAUUUUUAUGGAUAGCAAAUUCUUGAAAAUCAUUUUUUUUGUAAAAAUAGAAUAAAUAACUGCAAUCAAAUGCUUUAAAAUCCAAACUCUAUGCUGAAGCAAGUUCUAUUUUUAGCAUACAUAAUGUAUAACUUUACAUGUAUUAUAUACAAAGUUUGCUUUUUCAUUAUUUUGGGUGAAAGAGGCUUUUUUCCUAAAUAAAAUAAAGAAAGAAAGAACACAGAAACACAGAAUUCCAAAAACUCUUAGUGUGAAAAUUAACUAAAUCAUCUUACUGAUUUUUAUCUUUUAUUGCCGAGCAUUUCCUCUUUGUAUGUGCUUUUUGUAGUAGAUUCGGCCAAAGUAAUAACAAGGUUACUCAUUGAAAUAUUUUGCAUGACAAUGUUAAUUUAUGUACAAAAAUCACUGCUGAGAUUUUGUGUUUUUGUAUGUGGAUCAAAAUAUUAAGAUAAUGUUAACUAUCUUUCAUUUUUUUGUAGUCCUUUGCAUGUGCCAAACAAAAAUCCACUGCGCAACGAUCAAAUGCAUCGCGUAGACAACUUAGCAGAGCUUGGAAGCCUUACAGAGGUAUGUUGGUAAAUGGUACCUUGUUUGAUUGAAAUUAAUCCAUAUUUGGGAGAAAUUUUACUUAGAAUAUAAGGUGCACUGGGUCUUGAACUGUCCCAGAAUUUUGUAGCAUGAAUCUUCCAAAAUGCUUCCACCCUGCAAAUCUUAUGAAACUAUUUCCUUUGGGUUUGAAUUGAGCAGCGCAUACAAAACUUUAACGUGGUGCGGUUGAUAACCAUUCAGUGAUGAUUGUCUUUUCUAUGGCACAGGAUAUUAUACUGAGUCAUCUCCUGGAAAGAUAUCUUGCUAACCAAAUCUACACCUACAUUGGUGACAUUUUAAUUGCUGUUAAUCCACUGAAAACAUUGAACUUGUAUGGCCCAGAGGUGAGUUUGCAUGCAGUUAUCAAGAUGCAAAAUGUUACCAAAUGCUGCCACAAAUUGAUACACAGAAUUUCUUCCUUGUAUUACUUACAUGUAUGUUAGAGAUGUAAUGUGAGUCUGAGUUCUCCUUGUUCAAUGCUAUUGCUGAGGCUUGUCAGUGCAAAGGUCAUAGUGACUUUUAUAAUUUUUAUGACAAACUUGUGAACUUAGGGGUUUCAAGCCUAAGAAAGGACAGAAACGUUGUAGGCCCCAAAAGUCCCUAAAUUUUCGACGUGAACAAUAUCUUCAGUUACACUUUUGUGGACCAAGUACAUUAAUCUAAGCAUUGGGCUUCCAAACAGAGUUAUAUUCUACUAAUAUAGCAAAAAUAAUAUUAAAAUACAUAGUUAUGGUUUCUGUCUCAUCAUCACCCAGGUCUUUUUUUCUCCUUUCUAAAGCAUGCAAACAGAUACAAAAAUUCUCAAAAGAGUUCUUUACCACCUCACAUUUACAUGAUAGCAGACAUGACACAUCAGGCGAUGGUACACAACAAAAACCCACAGGUAAGGAAACACAUGUACAUGUAAGAAAUUAGGAGGAAAACGUGGCAUUUUGAAGAUUUUGAGUUGUGGCAGACUGUGAACACACUUUCUUUUUAGAGUAUAGGUUCGAUAAAAAGCAUGAGAUUAAAAGUAAGGGAGAGGCUCUGUCUGUCACUGAGUUGUAACAUUAUAUGUAACUUGUCUUCUUGUGUCUGCCUCAGCUCACACCUGCAUGUACACUAUUGGGGCUCAAAACAUUGUAAUAUUUCAUAGAUUGAUAUGAAUGAAGUUGCUGUUGCGUAUGUAAAUAUAAAGGUAGCAUAAAUAAAAGUUUAUAUUUGAACCAUUUUAUCCAGUGUAGUGUUAUUUGCAUUGGCUUUCAAAAUUAGCAUAUUUUCAUUCCUUUUUCUUUGGAAUUUUUUAAAAGAUUUGAACUGUUUUGCCUGAGAAAAUAGAGACAACAUUAAGUUGUUCCUUUUCAGUGCUGUCUCAUUAGUGGAGAGAGUGGAGCUGGAAAAACAGUAUCUGCAGACUACCUAGUGCGGCAUUUGGCUGAACUAGGAAAGGUACAGUGUACUGAUGCAUGCUUGUGUAACAAAUAAUUUUCUUUUGUCAUCAAAGCAUGACAGUUUGGUAUUCAGAUCUUUAUGUAGAGUUAGUGUCACUCUAAACAAUUUUUUGUGUUCAUAUUGGUGUUUAUUAGCUCUUUGGUUUGACAACAUUAAUUACACAUUCAACUUUUACUCUGACAUAUAAUAAAUUGCCAUCAUAUUUUCUUUUAUAACAGGCUGGAAACAGAACAUUGGAGGAAAAAAUAUUACAGGUGGGCAAAAAGAUAUAGCAAGUGAUAUGUUUUUUUAUUGCAUUUUUUUCUGGCCUAUUUGACUCUGUUCUGUCCAUUCAGAUAUCAUGUAAAAGGUCUCUUCCCCCUAGCUUCCCAAGCUAAAGUUUGGAGUACAAUUCAGAGUGUAAUAGGAAAGUUCUGUUACUCUGAAAGGAACUGUGUUUUGGGACUCUUUGAUUGACAGGUGAACCCCUUAAUGGAAGCUUUGGGAAAUGCACAGACUAUAAUCAAUGAGAACUCCAGCAGAUUUGGUAAAUACUUGGAACUCCAUUUUACACCAAAUGGUGCCCUCACUGGAGGUAAGGAGAGAAUCUUGUUACAUAAUCAAUGUUUUUGUCCCAAUUUUUGUGGCCUUAGGUUCCAUACUUAGUCAAUCUUACAUGUAAAGUCAUUCAUUAACAAAGGAUGGUCAAGAUAUCGCAAGUGAAGCUAUUAACUGUCAGUAUGCUGUUACAUUUGAAAUGCACUUUUCAGCUAAUCUUAGUCUGGUGUUUUUAAGGGAUGCUUUCAGAAUAUUUGUUGGAGAAAUCCAGAGUUGUUUCACAAUCGCAGUAAGUUUAUAUUUUGUGUUAGUGUCACUUAUUGAAUAAACAGUAAAUAAUGUUAUGAUAAGUUAGAGUUAAAAAACUCAUCUCACAUGUCAUCUCUAUGAUACCUGCAUGUAUAGAUACUGGUGAGUAAGAAGAUAUUUUUUUGGUUACCAUUAUGGCUAUUACAAUUUGUUUGUGCACGGUCACUUAUUUGACAAAUAUUAUUUUAAAGAUUGUUUUUAUAGCUUGUCAUUUCUAAGUUAAAUAAAUAGCUAAAUAAAGAAAUGAUAAUUAUAGUGUUUCUGCCUGGUUUUUGUAUCUGUAGGGGAGAAAGGAAUUUCCAUAUAUUUUAUUACAUGAUUGCUGGACUGGCUUACAACAAGAAACUGGAGAAGUAUUCAUUCAAGCUCUAUGCACAGCACAAGUAAGUAUGAUUACAUUUGUGUAUGACAAAAUCAGUAAAGCCAAAGGUUUUUAUACACACUGUUUAUUCUUUCUUCAUUGUAAGAAUGCUUCAUGCUCAAGAACGUUACUACACAUACUUCUGUGGUCUGGUUACAACAAACACUAAUGUUAUAAGCAAUGAAACAAGUUUCUUUUGCAGAAAGUGUGUGCUUAAAAUUAAUUGUUUGAUCUGUUUUCCAGCAUACGUUGUAAAGCAGUUUCACUCAUUUUUCUAUCUCAUUACUUGUUACCUUUAGUUACCUUCAGUCAGGAGGCAAGACUCUACAGGAUAUGGUUUGUACUCUGGGUAACAGACGUAAGUUUGAGGAAGUUCAAAGAUGUCUUGAUGUUAUUGGUUUCAGUCAUGAGGUAACUGAAACUAUGUUAAGUGUAACAAUGUUAACGCACACUAUGAUCUUAACUGUGCAGUAGAACCUCAAUAACUCGAACCUGGAUAACGCGAAAUCCCCGCUCACUUGAACUAAAUUUCCUUUCCCUUGAUCACAAUAUUUUCACCGAAAUUUACCCCGAUUACCCGAAUUCCCCACUAACUUAAACUGUUUUUUCCCUUCAGAGUUCGAUGUAAUAAACAAAAUGAGUUUUAGAGUGGAUGAGAGCCUGGGAAUGUGGCUGCCACUCAUCACUCCUUGUCGCUGGAUGUUUUGUAGAUGUUACAGGUCAAAAUUAAAUUCAGGUUAAAGUGUUUGAACGUUAGUUGUUUCUCAAUUUCCUUUGUCUCCUAUCCCUGAAUAAUUCAUGAAUAAUUAGGGCUAGGAAACAAAGCAAAUUGAGAGUCAACCUAGGUUCAAAAUUUUAACCUGGAUAUAAUUUUGACCUGUAACAUAGACAUUAAAGGGAUCUUCCAUCCUCAUUUAAAAAUGAAAUUGAUGUUAACAUGUGUGCAAAAAUUGACAGCUGGCAAAUCAUGAUUCAAAAUUCAAAACAGUUUGGCUUGGGAAAUUAAAAAGAAAUGAAAUAGGCGAUUUGCAUGAAAUCCUCUUUCAUGCAAAUUAAGCUAACAGCGUCAAAGUGAAAAUCAAUGAAAUACAUCUGAUACAUGGCAACUUAGUUUGGGUGUUGUUUUAUAGGAAGUUUCACAGCUGUUUUCCAUUCUGGCUGCUAUCAUUCACCUGGGAGAUAUUCAUUUCACUGAGGAUGAGUCAGUUUCACAUCUUAGUGACAAAAGCAUGGUCACCAAUCCACAAGCUCUGCGUAUAGGUUUGUAUAACUCAAAUUUUUCCUUCACCCUUGCUAUUGAAAAACCCCCGGACCCAGAUUUUCUAUUCUUUAAAGAUGUAUUUUUUUCUUGAAUCAGUCUUCACCUCUGCCCACAUCUUGCCCCAUGUAUGUAAGGGUAAUCCAAGACAGUCUUAAAUUCUGGAUUCCAUGUUGUGGAUUUCAGAUCUAGGUACUGGAUUCCAGUCUUUGUCAGAUUCCAAUUGUUAGUGGGAGUCCAGUGUCCUUGAGCUGUAUUCCCGAUUCGACAAGCAAAACAUUUCCUUAUUCUGGAAUCCGGAUUCCCAUACAUGGGGCAACAUCAAAAUUAUGCAAAUACAAGUAAGCUGAAGACUCCAUGAGUGAAGAUGGAGGGGGGGGGGAGCUCCUUAUCAUUACCCUCCCCCAACUGGCCUUGUAACUGGCCAUGUCAAAUGCCACUGUAAGGGAAUCGUCGAUUUGUAAGAUGUUAGGUACAAAAAGAAAAAAUUCAGUUCUCACAUGACCAGCUUGCGUGUCCGCAUUGUCAAGGUCUUCUUUGUUCUCAACGGUGACUGACUGAAAAGCAAAGUAUGUUAAUGUGUUAUUCUUACUUAUUCAUUCUUCGCCUAAAUGUUGAAUUUGAAAAUAAAGCUAUCCUUGGUGGAGGAUUUUUAUUUGUAUUACUUUCUUUCAGUUUCAUCACUUUUGAGCAUUAACGCAGUAGAACUGAGGGAUGCACUUACCACAAACAGCAACGUAACUAGAGGUAAGGGAAAAAAAAACAAGCAAGAGUCGCCUGGAAUUUUCUACCCUUUAUUUCACCUUUUUAUAAUUCAGGUUUGACCGUUAAUUUUCUGGAAAAAUUUACUUGUGAAUGAAAGUGUUACAUGAGCAGAAGAAAUUUACUCUAAUUUACAGUCACGUUAGUCCAUUAUAGCCCAUAAAAAAGAAGGUAUCUGCGUAGUGGUUCUGCAGCUGAACAGACGACACAACAGAAUAAAAAGCAAAACUUCAGUUUCGCAAACCAGUAAGGUAUUCAUUGGUUUUUCUGUAGCUCGUCAUUCAUUUCAGUAUCCAGCUGCCAAGCCAGUAACCAGUCAAUAAGUCUAUGUGUGUAUUCGCUUACCUCUUUGGUUAACUUGUCCACUACAGUAGUUAAUGAUAUGGAAUGUCUGACUAGAGUAGAUAACUGAUUGAGUAUUCCACACCCUUAAUCAAUUAUUUAUGUACUCUAGUUGAUAUAUCUUUUGCUAUGUACUGCUUGAAGAAUGAGAUGUGUCAGACAUAGGCAUGUUGGCCUUCAUUCACUCAGCUGGGUAGGAAGUGUACAUGUCCUAGCCUAGAAAGUGAAUGUUUAGACUUUGUUAUUUCAGGUGAGACUAUAGUGAGAAACAAUUCUGUCGAUCAAGCUGUUGAUUACCGUGAUGGAAUGGCCAAGGUAUAUCAUGUGCUAUUUGUUAUUUUCCUCAACUUAAUCUUGCAUUUAACUGGGUGGGUGUUCCUUGUGGUUCUUUGUGUAAAAUUUUGCUGAAGCAUCUUUCCACCCAAAUUGAAUCCAAAUUCAUCAGAUUUUCAACUGUUCUUUUUUUUUUAGGCACUCUAUGGAAAUCUCUUCAGCUGGAUUGUUCACCGGAUUAAUGCUUUGCUGCGGAUCGACCAAAGACGUUUGACAUCGUAUGUUUAAUCAAAAAACUUCUCCCUUACCUGAUCGUACAUUCGGAAGUGAAGAUACUGUCCUGUAGAAGACACUCUUCAAGUGUAAUAUUUUCAUUAACUGUAAUGACUGCAAGUACCAUCUUAAGUUCAGACAAACGGACAAUACAAGGAAGUCUACCCCCAUUAGCCUUGAUUACAGACCUAGUUUGCAAUCGAGUCAUAGAGCAAAAUUUUCUAUUUUCCCCAAAGGUGUUGGAAAGUAUUCAAAUGUUAUAGUGCGGGUGCGGCCAGCUAUAUCAAAUUCUGGCCAAAGAAAAGAGGAGAACAGUUUUAGGAAUUCUUAACAGUUUUUAAUGGCAAGUGUUUCAGUUGAGAUGAGUAAGGAAUGACCAGAUAAAACUUUGUGUUUGUGAACUGUGUUAUGCGUUGUUUAAGACAAAAAGUUUCUUUCAGGGAGAAUGACUACAGAAUUGGGAUUCUGGAUAUUUUUGGCUUUGAAAAUUUCAAGCGCAAUUCAUUUGAACAGCUUUGUAUAAACAUCGCAAAUGAACAGAUCCAGUACUACUUCAACCAGCAAAUCUUCUCUUGGGAAAUGGUGAGUCCUUGGACCAAAUGUUAUUUUCUAGCUAGAUCCUUUUAAUCUUCAUAAUUUCUGAUGAUAAAGGCACUGGAAUUGAAGUCCAGCAGUCUUGGGUUAAAGUGCCGUUUUUACCACGAUGCCCUAUUACUUAUUGUGCCGUAAAUUCUACUACAAGUAAAUGAAAAUUAUUCUAGUCGGUACUUUUGUUUAUUUGUAAAGUGCAACAUCACUUGCGCAAAGACUUCUGGGACUGUUAGUAGGGCGGGAAAAAGUGGCUAAUAGCUGAUCUGUGCAUCCCCAGUCCCCAAUGAUCCAAGAAACAAUUAUGGGAUCCAUUUUGGCUCCAGUUGCCUUCUUGUUUCUAAAGUUGAGUGGCGAAUGGGGUGUACAUACAGUGUGUCUGCUGUCACCAUUAAAAUACCCAUUCUGUUGUUUUUUUUUUUGUUUUAUUUAGGAAGAGUAUCGUUCUGAGGGAAUUUCUAUUGAGCAAGUUGUAUUUACCGACAAUAGACCUGUUCUGGAUAUGUUUCUUCAGGUACAGCAGACUUAUUUUCAUGUAAUACAAUUCUUAGUUUGCUCUUAUGCUGAGGGAAAAGGGAAAACAAAAUGGUAAGGCUGAGCUCAAGAAGUAAAUAUUAUUAUUGAUUUUUUUCUUGUUUUAAAACACUCGUAAAAUUUCGAGAGAAAAGGGGUCUUCGAAGCAAUUAAAAACGUUUCUGCGUUCGAGUAUUGCCUUUUCUUUUGCUUUACAGUUCUUAACUCUAAACUGUUGUUUUGUUAACAUGCUAGAAACCCAUCGGCCUACUUGCUUUACUAGAUGAGGAAAGCCGCUUCCCCAAAGCAACUGACUUCACUCUUGUGGGUACGUUAUUAAUGUUUCAAUUCAUCAUUCGAGUCCUCUUUACGUUGUCACUUUCCUUAUUACUAUGUCUUUUCCAGUGUUGUUACAUUCACACUUAAUCCAAUAAUCUGCAGAGAAAUUUCACAAGAAUAUUGAGGGUCCACAUUAUGAGCGAUCUAAAGAGAAUGACAUGCAUCCAUCAUUUGUCAUUGUACACUAUGCUGGACGGGUAUGUACUGGCUUUGCUACUUUUAAUUGCUUCUUUUGUUUUCUCUUCUAUUGCUCUUCAACUGUAUUCACUCCCCUUGUUUCCAGGGUAACAUGUACCUUGGCUUUUAUCUUACAUGGCGAGUGUGGUGUUAUGGGAAUGGUAACAGUGUACCAUGUGAGGGCCGAGUACAACCUUGUCCCCAGGCUCCAUUGUUAUUAAGAAGACAUAGAACGCAGGGCAUCAUGGGUAGGAAUGCAGUGCAAACCUCCCGUGACACCACUCAAGCCAUUAAGUUGUAUUCUUUUCCAUCUCUAUCCUGUCUUCUCUCAGUCGAUUGUUCACUGAACUGUGGUCUGUGCAGGCCUAUUAACCAUUGCAUAUCAUUCAUGUUUGCCCACUUCCUAGGUAAAAUAUAAUGCAACCAACUUCCUAGCAAAGAACCGCGACACUUUGUCCACCGACAUCAUACAUGUACUUCGAUCUAGUGGUAAGGACAAUACUUAGGUAUCUAAAGUAUUAACUAACACCAAAAGCAGCGCCGGUUGAUAUCUUUUCACUUCAAUAGCUUCAUUGACUUAAGUACUAUGAAGUACCUUUUCAGAUUUAAACAAUCAGCUUGAUAAGGGGUCAGCUGCAUAAAUCGUAACGCGCUAGUUAACAGAAUCGGAUUCACCAUUUCUUAAGGGGUAUUUUGCAUUUCAUCUAUAGUGUAUUUAAUGUCGUAGCAGUUAGCGUGUGUGGGACCUCGACAGCAACCUGCUUACACAGGUGGCUCAAACGCGUUGCAUGUGUAAAAACAACUGUACAUUCAUAGUUUAUGCUUUCGUCAACAGAUAAUCGUCUUGUAAGAACUCUUAUGCAGCAUCCAUUGUCGAGAACAGGUGAGUUGUUUUGUAAAAUGCAAACGUUUGCAAAGUUUUCUUUCACGCUUGCCUGUGGUAUAUUGGUACAAUGCCGAGUCAAACUCCAAUAACUUAGUUUCAAUUGCCUCAAGCCUCUGUUUCAAAGCGAAGUUAUGUGCAAAGCUAUUGAUACGAAAAUUUUUUUUUAUUUUCAUGAAAAAAAAAACAUUUUCACAAGAAAGGUUUUUUCUCUUAACCUCCUUUUGGAACUCGGAAAUGACCCAUAUUGCUUAAAAGGAUUGCUAAUCUUCUGAGCCUUUUCUCACGUGACACUCCUAACUGUGCUCCCCUGAUUUAGUCCCAUGAGACACUUAAGCUCCUUUUCUUGGCAUUUCACUUUUGCUGUUUCCUCGACGUUCUGAACAGAGUUCUUGUGCAGUAAGCUUCACUUCACUAUUCUUCACUACUCUUUUAUCUGUGUUCUAGUUGUUUCUUUAGUCUGUUAUUGUGUUCUCUCUCUGUCACCCUCUGGCUCAGAUCUUACUCAUCACGUAAAUGAUGAUGUCACUCAUACACUGAAUCCCAAUUGGUGGAGGGUGAACAAGCCCUUCCCAGAAGCCACCAAAGCCGUAACAGACUACAAAGCUAAGGAGAGCUGGCUUAGGGGUGUGCUUAGGAAGAGCAAGAGUCUUGGUAAGACGGCAUGGAAACAGAAAAGUAGCAAUAAGCAGAGUUCUUGGUUGAAAAUCUGCAGUGGAACUAACAACACUUCUUCUAGUUUGCCUUGUUUCCCUGUUGUAAGAAUCAAACGAGCUCGCCUUUAUAGCAAACAUAAAUCGGAUUGUCAGCUACUCACUCAGAUUAUGAGUCACUUAUUGUCUUGUAUGCGAAACUAAAAUAACGGAGGCUAAAACUAGUUUUAACUUGCCUCCUUCUCCGCCGUCCUAGGCGAGUUCGGAUCUGACAUCACACUUUUAACCACUGCCUUUAGUAACUAUAUAUCGCGGAGAUUUCACAUCAAAAAUGUCUUAUACUUAGCAAAACAUCUUGCUUAAAGUCGUCAAAACUGAUUUUACUGUUCAUUUAUCAAAGCUUCAGUAUGUUUUGCAUUUUUAAUGACUCGAAAGAUGAGUUUAGGGAUCGGGGCUGUUCAAAAUUUUGACUGUUGUAAGUAUUCCCAGAAAUGUUGCUAUCCCCCAUGAUGACAUCAUCUCUGAUCUCUCUGAUGGUUCAAGCUUUGUUAAAAGUAGCAUUUAAUCGUGAUGUGUUUGCUGUACAGGGGUGACAACGAAGAAGAACAGUUCUCAGCCUCCAGCGACGAAUAUCGAGAAAGACAAGGUACAGAGUUAUUAGAGGUAGAUUAGAGUUAUGCGUGUUAUUUGUUCUACAGUAGGUAACGAUUCAGUCAAUCAUUGGAUGGUAAAACUUAGCAUUUUAGUACUACUCUUACGAGCACGUUAUCAUUGGUAUUGGCUUUAUUCUGACUGACUAGAAAGUGGUGUAAGAACUUACCGUUGCUUCCACCCAUAACUGAUGUAGCGGUCGUACAGUUUUUACUAUUGAGUACAUUAGAUUUGUGAAAUUCUGAUAUCAUUGAACAUCUUAUGUUGUGUCUUUACCACGUUAGCAGUUUAACAACUGAAAACAGUACAGUACUUCUUUUUUUCCUGUAGAAAAUCAAUGGCCUGUUGAGUUUGCCAGAGACCAAGCUUCCCUUCUCCUCUGCUUCAACGUCCAGAUGGCAGCAAACCGUUUCUGUUCACUUCAGGGUAAGUAUGAAUGUAAGGUUGUCUUGCAUAAGCUCGCAGAAAUGAAACCAAUUACUUAUCAGCUACUUCUUUCCUAGGCGCUUAGUACUUUCUGUCAGAAAGUAGAGAGCGCAUGUCAUGGGAGGGUGUAGUGCACCUAUCCCAUGACACCACGCGCGCGGCGUUUGAGCGAGAAAGUCGUUUAAGGACGAAUAAGUUGUUAACAAGAGGACGUUUUAAGAAGAGAUGUGAGCUUAUAGGAACUGGAGUAAGAUUUAAGGUUCUCUCUGAAUGGUCUUUGUUCUUCCUUUAACUGUCUUUUUUUUCCUUUGCUGGCUGUAGUGUUCUUUACGAGAUCUUUUGGCUAAGUUACUCCCGACAGAAUCUCAUUUUGUGAGGUAAGUUGUGUGAAUCCCUGCCGUAAAAGUGUGAUCGCUCAGUGUACCUCCUUGACACAUUUAAAAUCGAAUUAUUUUUUAAAGGUGCAUUCGACCAAAUGAGCAGAUGAUUCCUGGUAAAUUUGACCAGGAAAAAGUUCAGACUCAGCUUAAAUAUACAGGAGUGCUGGAAACGACAAGAAUCCGUAGGCAGGUCAGUGAGAUACAUCACAACUUAGCGUGAGUUUUUAGCCUUAGAAAACAACCGACUUUUCACGACGCUACCACUGGUUUCCCUGAGAAAUGACGUCUGAGAAACAGCUUCAGAAAUUCCAUACUAAUGACGCGUCACUACCCAGAUCUGGGUAGUGCUUCCUAUUGGUUGAAGCAAAAUUCCUCUCGCUGCACAACCAAUCAUAGCACUACCCAGAUCUAAGUAGUGAUGCGUCAUCAGUAUGGAAUUUCUGCGCUCGUUGCUAGACGUCAUUUCGCGGGGAAACCAGUGGUGGUGUCGCAAAAUGUGGGCUUGUUUCUCAUAACACGCAUGCGGCAUAGGGUGUCUAUUGACCCCGGCUGGACCACAGUUGGUAGUUGCUAACUAGUACAACCUGCAGGCCUUCUCUAACACGCGAUGACCUUCAUGAGCUUCAUCCGCUGGUCAGUCGCAAGAUUUACGUAGUGAUUUUGAGCUUGCUCAGUCUAAAUAUUGUUAUCUUUUUAACUUGUUUUCAGGGAUACUCGGAGAGAAUAACGUUUGCGGAGUUUGUUAAAAGGUUUGUUUAUUUCUGAAUGUAAAGGGGAAAGGUGGGGGAAGUUUGAAUGAGCCACGAACUGAGGAUACGCGGUAGUUAAUUCUUAUCAUGUUAACCUGUUCCAAGCGUUCAGCUCCACGUAAGAGAUAUAGAAGUGUGGCGCGAAGUCCGACUCCUUGCGCGCGCUGUCCCGACAAUCUAAACGCUUGAAACAGGCUAUUGUAUGUUUCUGAUAUCAUUAUGGCAAACUAAAUUGGCCAUUUCCGAGUUUUAGAAACUGUCACCUUUAAAACGAGGCUAAGAGCUAACCUUUUUCUUGUGGAAAUGAGUUUUAUCUGCAUGAGAAUAAACAAUCAUUUUUAUAUCUAUGGCUGCGCACUUAGCCUCGCUUUGAAACAGAGGCUUGAGGCAACUUUGAACUGGCCUAUUCCUGCACCCUCAAUAGACAAAGUCACACAUGUCUUAAUCGUUUUUUAUCUUUAUUUCUCGCAGAUACCAAGUGCUUGUAUACCCUCUUUACAAGAAAAUCCACAGUGAUGCUACGUCCUGUCGUGUAAUUUUAAAACACUGCAAGCUAAAGAACUGGCUGAUAGGAAGAACCAAGGUUUUUCUCAAGUAUUAUCACGUAGAAGAACUCGCUCAUCGUCUUGAAAUGUAUCGAAGGAAGAUCGUCAUUCUGCAGAAGGGUAUGUGUUAUAAACCGUUUGAUCAAUUAAUUUAGCUUCGACGUAUGUUCACACUCAAUUGCUCACACUUCAAGAGUAGGAUGCUCACCAGGCAAUAAUGUGAACACAUUAUUUAUGUAUCCAUAGUUACAUAUUAGACCAGUUUGUGCCGAUGCGCUGCAGUAAGUAUGAACAUAGCCUAAUUAAGUCACCACAUCAGUGAUCACAUUAGUUUACUUGAUCCAAGGGAUAGCAAAAGAAGUGGCGGUGCAUAUUGCCUUCAACUUCAAGCAGAUAAGGGGUAUUGACAGAUCUUAGAUUUUCUUUCCCUAGCUUGUACAUGGGAACUUUGCAUCAACAAGUGUACCUUUGUAAACCUAGUCUGGUGACCACUAAAAGUUCGGACAAUUUCCGAUUGCUUCCCCUUUAUAAAGAACUAAUAAAACUAAAUAUCAUACACACAAUCAGCUGCUAGUUUUACUCUCUGUGCAGUCUAACGAUAGAUUUGUUUUUCUUUAGUCAUCAGAGCCUGGAUAGUACGAAGAAGGUUUGAAAAAUUAAAGAUGAAAAGACGUUAUGCUUCAACUGUUAUUCAGAAAUGUAAGUGUAAUUUUUCCAGUGAACAUUUCUAACCACUCAGACUAUAAACGGAGGAAAGUUCGUAUUGCACGCCUCCUCUAAGAGGCCUAGGGCAGCUAAUUUUCACUUAAUUUUGUCGUCAAAGUUGCCCCGGAAGGUUAUGAGCGAAAUGCGUUUUCUGUUUUCCGAUUUAUUGGUGUAACUUUAGGAUUUCACUCACAGGUGGUGUUCAAAUGAAUAUCUCAUUUUGUACUGCUCAGUAAUAAGAGUAUGGACCAAGUACAUGUGGUAGCAUUUUGAAUGCAGGAUGAAAUUCCCAGGCAGAGUGUGAAUGUUUGUCAGCAAUAAAACAUUUUGUGGCGUUGUUUUUUUGCAGACGCCCGCGGUUACCUCGCCCGAAAACAGUAUCUGCUGGAAUUGAAAGAGAGAACAUCAGCCGCCUUGGUUAUUCAAAGAGGUAAGCGAUAGUGAAAAGUUGGGACAAUCAACCUGGCAAAUGAGUUAAAGCAUGAAUGAAGUAAGUGCUAAGCGCUUGCGGAGAAACCAGCCUUGAGUCAAAUGACCAGUAACUUUUAUCUUUUCUAGGAGGCGGGAAAAUAUUUUUUUUAAAGAAUGGUUAGUUAAGUUAAGUAGUCUUUAAUCUUAUCAUGUGCUACAAGAAGGUAACAAAAAAAUGCGUCCUAAUUUACAGGGCCCUGUUACCAUAUUUUUAGUUUAAGCCAAUUUUAUGUUUGGCAGCUUACCGCCGACUUGUUCAACGAAGAAAGUACAUGUGGUGGGUAAAAUGGUUCCACAUUCAGCAGAAAAGAAAGUCGAGGAGUGUUAUCAAAAUACAGGCUGGUAAGAACUUUCGUUCUUUUUCCAUUUGUUUGUUGGUUAGUGUUUCCGUUUUUAAAAAAAUUGCAGUCUCUCGUUUAAUUUAUUCGGCUCUAUCGUGUAAUUGAGUGGAACAUUUUAAAUAAUUGGUUGCCCGGGGUAUUUCGUACCUAGUUUUAUUCGUAUUUUCAUUGGCUCGUCUAAUUUCUGCAGCUCUAUAAUCGGCCCGAAGUGGAAGUUCCGCGAUCAUCAUCAUUUAAGAUGCAGUGCAUUGAGGUUUAAGUAGGAAAACCUCUAUUGUGUAUUUGAUUUGCGAGUGACUCGGUGGGUAACUGUCUGUUUUGCAGUGGUGCGUGGAUAUCUUGCAAGGAAACGUUACUUACGCCAGCGUCAUCUUAGGAACAAGAGUGCUGCAAUCAUUCAAGCAGGUAAAUGCAUAUUACGUUAUUACAGAUAAAUGUGGCUGUUUGCAAGGGAAUAGGUCAGAAAGAAUAUAUCACAAGCGGUUUUUGUCGGUCAAAAAAAAAAACAUCAAUCAAAAAACCAAAAAUAACGCGAACCAGGCUGAAUUUUAGAGGUAUCUUGAACCAAACAGUGGCAGAUCAAAAUGAUCAUUUAGGAAGUUUACAGUGAAUAGCCACGCGAAAGGUUGUAUCUUAAGAUACAGUGAUAUACAAGUUGUGGUUUAAAUGUCAAAAAGAAAAAGAUGAAAUUCUAGCAGACGUCAUUCUGCCGCUAGGCAAGGUUGCACGAAACAUUUAUGUUGCUCAUAGUACAUAAGGUUUUCUACAUCUUACUACCCUAGUUUUUUGUUUAUACAGAGUUUUCUAGAAAUUUUAUCGUCGGAGGAAAACACCGUAAGACUUUUUUACGGACUCAAGUUUGUAAUCCGAAACUCGCUUGUUUUGAACAAUAUAAUCGAAGAUUUAUAUCUGGUGGAAACUUUAAAACUACGAGAAAGGCCAACGGCAGAUGUACAUGGUACCUCUUGGUCUUUUUCUUUUAUGCUGCUAGUUUUGAGAGUUAAAAAGAAAAGACUGUUUUUGUUAAUUCGUCCGUGAAACACGUCCCUUCCGAAUGAGUCUCGCUUGUCAAGAGGGCUAACAGGAUAUGCUGACCUACCCAGUAGACCUAAUGGGUAUUUUUUUUACGAAGUGCAUUCAGUUGCGAGAAAAUCCGAUACUGAUGAGAAAAUUUCUUGAUAUAUGUUACUUCUUUGGUCAAGGAUUAUUCGUAGUGGCAAGUGCAUUGAGGCUGAACCAAGGGCAAAACAGUCAGUCAUUCUCUGACAUACUAUAUCAGACUUUCACUAUCCAAACAGUGAGCGAAAACCUUUCUGCAGUCCAGUAAAAGGACAAUGCUAUGGAAACAAGAACUUUACUAAGUCUAAAAUGAGCUGUAACUCCGGAAAGGCUUUGAGCAUAGCGGAAGAAAAAAUACCUUGUCACAACAGAACGAUCUAGAUACCUCGCAGUUUUAUAUUUACAUUCAUAAGGUGAGGUUAUCAGAGAAAGCAAAGUAGAGAGAAAACAAGGUAGCAGGCUGAAAUAAUUUGUUUGAAGUUAAAGAUUUUCUGUCACCUACAUGAGAACACGAACUUGUUUAGGUAAUUUUAUCCUGUGAGAGAUAGAAAAUAACUUUCCGUUUCUUUUUGUUAGUUUGUUGUUUUGUUAUGGUUACAUAGUUCUACCAUUGUACAAGGGAAUCUGUUCAGUCAGACGUGCUCGUUGAAGUCAUGUUUUGUCUUUUUAUUUUUUAGCUUAUCGUGGAAACAACGUCAGACGAAAUUUGUCUGAACAGAAAAUGUCAGUGGAGAGAAAGAGUAAGAUAUAAGGAAGCUAAGGAAAUAACAAUUAGUGUCACGUGAUUUUUUUUUUACUACAUUUUUUUGACGUCGUUGCUUUCUGUCAGUUCCUCGGUUGUAUUUUGAAUUAUUGCAUUUUUUUUGUUCUUAACAGAAGCCAAAGAAGGAGCAGCUCUUAUGAUUCAGUCUGGUAAGAGAAUUAACUUUUUAUGACUCCAUAGUGGUGAUUAAUAAGUUGACCAGUUAGCCAAUCUUCAGUUAGCUUGGCUGUCAGUUGGUCAGUCAGUAUGUCUGUCUGUCAGUCAAUCGUUAAAUUUAUCUUUCUCUCAGACAUAUGAUCUGAUCUUUCAGACGAGUAAGUAAUGUAACGUCAUAAACUUCCAUUACCUGUGAGUCAGUCAGAGAGUUCAUGAACAUGUCACAAUUUUCAUUGUCACUUUGUUUUAUAACUGUCACUCAUCUUUCCUAAAUCCGUUUCUGUGUCCCCAAAUGCUGUAUCUAUGACUGAGCACUGAAAUUAGCACAGAAUAUGUUAUUUACAAGUCAUAUUUGUUCCUGUAAAAUUUUACAGCUUAUCGCGGUUACAAAGAACGCCAGGAUAUUGCAAAGCUGAAGCUAAAGGCAGAGAAAAUGGAAACAAAAAUGAUUUACUUUUUACAGCAGGCAAGAAACGUUUCUCCGCCUACCUUAUUAAUUAUUAUUCUAUCGUAAAAAUUUUUAUUAUUCUCGACCUAUCUUAUUAAUUUCACUGUCUCGCCUCGAAUAGCCUUGUCAGCUUCGGGCAGUGCUUCUGUUGUAUUAUCUGAUUAUUAAUAAAGUUUAUUGUUGUUGUUGUUAACUUAUUUUUUGUCAAGAACGACGAAAGGUUGUAUAAACACAAUUGACGUAUUCUUUUUCUUGUUUUAAGGUCGAAGAAUCAUCAGAUUCAAUGCUGAGAGCACAAAAAGGACACAAAAAUGUACGAGUUGUGUUUUUUGAAUUAGCUGUGUAGUUUUGUUUUAUCUUUGUGCAAAAGUAACGAGUUUGUGCUGUUAUCUUACAAAAACUCCCAACAACAUGGUUGCAAACGGACGCUACAUGUUUAGAGUUGUUGGCCAACAAUGUUGCAUCCGUUUGCAGGGGCCUUUAAGGUACAUGACUCUUAUAAUGGAAUAGUAUUCCAAGAGUUUUGAUUUAUAACCGUCACUAUUCUAUCUCUUUACAUUUUACAGGUGGAUCUCAAAAUGAAUCGUAUCGUUAUCAGAGGUUUGUUUACUUUGUAUUUUCGUUGCUGCCUUUUCUCUUAAAGUUCAUUCUAAGUUAUGUUUUCUCUUUUGUAGAAGGGAGACGGUACGAACAGGAAGAUUUCUGGCCAGCAGCCAAACAAAACAUUUUAACAAGACAAGAAGGGGAAGCACUUGCUUCACAACAAGAAACACAAAUGAUUUACUUCAUUCAACAGGUGGGCAGCACCGAUCCGACCCCCUCCAACUCUACCCCUAACCCUACCUCCCUAUCACUAGGGAUAUGUGUUUCCUAGGUGUAGGAACACAUAUCACUAGGGAUACGUGUUUCCCAGGUAGGGGAACACAUAUCACUAGGGAUAUGUAUAUCACUAGGGAUACGUGUUUCCCAGGUGGGGGAACACAUAUCACUAGGGAUACGUGUUUCCCAGGUGGGGGAACACAUAUCACUAGGGAUAUGUGUUUCCAAGGUGGGGGAACACAUAUCACUAGGGAUAUGUGUUUCCCAGGUGGGGGAACACAUAUCACUAGAGAUAUGUGUUUGCCAGGUGGGGGAACACAUAUCACUAGGGAUACGUGUUUCCCAGGUCGGGGAACACAUAUCACUAGGGAUAUGUGUUUCCCAGGUGGGGGAACACAUAUCACUAGAGAUAUGUGUUUGCCAGGUGGGGGAACACAUAUCACUAGGGAUAUGUUUUUCCCAGGUGGGGGAACACAUAUCACUAGGGAUACGUGUUUCCCAGGUGGGGGAACACAUAUCACUAGGGAUAUGUGUUUCCCAGGUGGGGGAACACAUAUCACUAGGGAUACUUGUUUUCCAGGUGGGGGAACACAUAUCACUAGGGAUACGUGUUUCCCAGGUGGGGGAACACAUAUCACUAGGGAUAUGUGUUUCCCCGGUAGGGAACACAUAUCACUAGGGAUACGUGUUUCCAGGGUGGGGGAACACAUAUCACUAGGGAUACGUGUUUCCCAGGUAGGGAACACAUAUCACUAGGGAUAUGUGUUUCCCAGGUGAAGGAACACAUAUCACUACGGAUACGUGUUUCCCAGCUGGGGGAACACAUAUCACUAGGGAUAUGUGUUUCCCAGGGAAGGAACACAUAUCACUAGGGAUAUGUGUUUCCCAGGUGGGGGAACAUGUAUCACUAGGGAUAUGUGUUUCCCAGGGAAGGAACACAUAUCACUAGGGAUAUGUGUUUCCCAGGUGGGGGAACAUGUAUCACUAGGGAUACGUGUUUCCCAGGUGGGGGAACACAUAUCACUAGGGAUACGUGUUUCCCAGGUGGGGGAACACAUAUCACUAGGGAUACGUGUUUCCCAGGUAGGGGAACACAUAUCACUAGGGAUAUGUGUUUCCCAGGUGAGGGAACACAUAUCACUAGGGAUACGUGUUUCCCAGGUAGGGGAACACAUAUCACUAGGGAUAUGUGUUUUCCCGGUAGGGGAACACACAUCACUAGGUAUAUGUGUUUCCCCGGUAGGGGAACAUACAUCACUAGGGAUAUGUGUUUCCCAGGUGGGGGAACACACAUCACUAGGGAUACGUGUUUCCCAGGUAGGGAAACACAUAUCACUAGGGAUAUGUUUUUCCCCGGUAGGGGAACACACAUUACUAGGGAUAUGUGUUUCCCAGGUGGGGGAACACAUAUCACUAGGGAUACGUGUUUCCCAGGUAGGGGAACACAUAUCACUAGGGAUAUGUUUUUCCCCGGUAGGGGAACACACAUUACUAGGGAUAUGUGUUUCCCAGGUGGGGGAACACAUAUCACUAGGGAUACGUGUUUCCCAGGUAGGGGAACACAUAUCACUAGGGAUAUGUGUUUCCCAGGUUGGGGAACACAUAUGACUAGGGAUAUGUGUUUCCCAGGUAGGGGAACACAUAUGACUAGGGAUAUGUGUUUCCCAGGUAGGGGAACACAUAUCACUAGGGAUAUGUGUUUCCCAGGUGGGGGAACACAUAUCACUAGGGAUAUGUGUUUCCCAGGUGGGGGAACACAUAUCACUAUGGAUAUGUGUUUCCCAGGUAGGGGAACACAUAUCACUAGGGAUACGUGUUUUCCAGGUGGGGGAACACAUAUCACUAGGGAUACGAGUUUUCCAGGUGGGGGAACACAUAUCACUAGGGAUACGUGUUUCCCAGGUGGGGGAACACGUAUCACUAUGAAUAUGUGUUUCCCAGGGAGAUAAGGUGCUUCACAAAAAAGAAUAUAUAGAUCAUGAUUGAAACAAUUUCUUUUUCUUUUUUUUGUACAACUGUUUCAAUGGUCCAUUUUUUUGGCUUCUUUCCAAAAUUUACAGGCGGCAAAAAUUCUUAAAGUAGCCGGUGAUAGUGCCGGUUGCCGGUGCAUUUUUACAACCCUGUAAUGUAUAUCUAUUGUUUAUCAUUUAAACUUGUCAUUAACAUGAUCAACGAGGACUAUGCGUCGAGGGUAAUAAGGAUGGCGCAGUGAUGACAGCACUCACCUCUCACCAGUGUAGCCCGGGUUCAAAUCCUGGCGUGUAUUCUGGGUACUCCGAUUUCCCACUCCCCACAACUCCAACAUGUCCACUUUCAAAUUCUAUCUGGUACACACGGACACGUUUAAUUGAGUUCUCAAGAAAUCCUAAAUGAUUUACAGUUUGGGGUCACACCCAUCUGCGUUAGAUUAAAACAUGUUUGUGUCUGGGAGGUUGGUACAUGUCUGUUAAGGAUGAUGUUCAUGUGCUCAAUAAUUGUCAGUAUUUGGCUGAUAUUGGUUGACCGUGGUUUUGUUGUUCUUAGGUGAACUCGUCAUGGCAUGAGUUGUUAGAACACACCAAGUCACAUCAGUAUCAGACGUCUGAUGAACCAACUCAGGUAAGGGAUGCACUCUUGAUUCUUGAUAUUAUAAAAAUGGCCAAAUUUUAAGUUCCUUCAUCUUCCUCACACUUUUUCUUUCUCGAUAUUGACGUUGUCAGUGUCUAUAACGGUAGGCAAGUACAAGGUCAUAAAUUCAAUGACAUAGGGACUUUCAGCAAUUCAUAGCCAUCAAUCAGAAAACGAGCGUUUAUUACUGCCAACUGACAAUACACACACGGGUAGAAUGGAGCCGAGUUAAGUCGGUUUUCAAACGAGGUUCUAGCUAAAGAGGUGCAACGCUUUUUCACUGUAUUCUUGUAACCUGCCCUUCUGGUUAAAACAGAAUCCAUCAACCAGAGUACAAGUACUUCCUACUUCCCUUCAGAAAGGACAACUACAAAAGGACACACAACCUGCUAAUGAAGUUCCCGCUGCUGUGAGCAGCUUUGAAGUUCGUCCCAGUAAGUUAAUAGGCAGAUUUUUCAACAGGACGAGAACGUCAGUUUUCGACGGGAAAGCGCGCGGAAAGGACUAAACACGACUUCCGUUGCUAAAUUUGCCGCUCUGCCAUUGGCCAGUUGUUUGAUUUGCGCGCGCCGUCGUGAACUGACGUUCCCGUUUUGUUGCUAAAUCAGCUUAAUAAUGACCUCAUCAUGCAAAGGCGUCAACCGGAAGUGGAUUUUUUCUGCACGGUGGUUUUUCCCAAAUUGUUGGGCAAAUCGUCUCUACAUCAGAGUGAAGACUCUAAGCAAUACAAAACCUUGACGUUACCGAUACAAAUUAGGUAGCCUCAAGGUUUUUUAAAAUGACCUCACUUCUGGUGGACGUGCAUUGCUCAGAAACGCUUUUCUAUAGUUCUCUAGUAUCUUUACUACAUGCGAUUUUCUGGUGGAGGGGGGAUUUUUGUUCCGUAAAGGAAAGAUUUCCAUUCCAUAGGGGUAGGGAAGGGGGCACGCUAUGAAUGAGGUUGACCUAGGGGGUUCACCCUGUAGAAACAACGAGUAGUAACGUAAAAAACCAAGUUCGGGUGAUCGAUUGUGAACUAAGACUAGCUUGCAAUUGAGGCUAAUAUAUAGAAUAUCAUCGAGAAUACUAACGCGAAGUGCACGAAACCUGCGAUCACACGAUCUCGAAACAUGGACGAUUUCUUGAACUGAAUAAACGUAAUAUCUGGAGAUAUUCACAUAAGAGCUCAGCACGGCCGCUAACUCAGAAACUCUCAAGUCCCGUCCCGUCUUCUCCUGUCCCCGCCCUCCAUCUUUUAAGUCUUUUCUCUCAAAAGUGUGCCCCAUCAGUUUUCAAGAAUCCCCAAUUUAAUUUUGUAAGAUAUUGAAAAAUAAAUGGUGCCAUGCAAAAGUACUGCAAAUUUAAGGUUUUUUGUUUAAAUGUCAGACACCGGGGUCUCUAGCUCGCUAACACAUUGUUACCCUUCUUUAGGAGAGAUUGUUUUAGCUGAGAUACACAGUAGAGUUUCACCUCGCAAAGACCGCAGCUACAGGUCUGUAGAUAUAUUAUUUUUUCUCUCACUUUCCAGGGCCUCUUUUCUUGUCCUUAAAACAAGGUCUCUUCAGAUCUGCUUUUCAUGUUUGCGCGGGUUCCAAUCAGUGAUUUAAAUUAUAACGACUCGAAUCCGAGGUCAGGGGCAGUUGUCAUGUAUCCUGUCCUCCUUUCAAAAAAAAAAAAAAUCACCAUAGACUGUAUUAGCUUGCAAAACAGCCGUCUGUCGUCGCUCCUCGCCAUUUGGGACGUUUCGUCAGGAGGGAUAUCUGCGCCUCAGCGACAGCAAUUCCUUAUUGAUGACGUAAAAUUUGUCCGGAAUCUGGUUAGGAGCUCUGAAUGGUCGAUGUAGUGUUUUAUUGUUUGGCUCUCUUUUAACACUGAUCUAUAAUUUUAUUUCACAGGAAGGAAAUCUGGUCCGCCGGCGACGAAACGUACUUAAAACAUUUCACAGUAAGCUUUAUCCUCAUUUUGCUAAGAACAUAAAUAAUUCUCCGCAACCAAAGGAUGAUCUUUCGCAGCGGCCAGUAUAUGGCGCGUCACACAACACUCUUCCCAUGUUCCUCAAUGUAUCUUCCCAUGUCACGCAUCACUCCUACACAGUAAAAACAGUAACAGUAAAAACAGUACAACUCUGAACAUUUUAACAUAUUCUGACACUGUUGUUUACAUUUGUAGGACGCUGACAGACUGAAAAAAGAAUCGAAAGGUAAAGUGUUGAUAUUAGAAUCUAAUUACCUGAAAUAUAACUUCAGAUAAGCAGUCUCUCAGUCAGCAUUUUAAACGGACACCUUUUCAGUUAGCCUCCCCGCAGACGUCCUUUGGGGUUCGUUUGUCACGCAUUCAUUUCUCCCCCACGAACCCCAAAGGACGUCUGCGGGGAGGCUACUUUUCAGUUUUAUACGGCUUGAUCUAUUUAGAACCUCAAAAAAAGACAAAAAAAACGUUUCCGUGGUCAAACCUUUCUAGUUUUGUUUAAAAACGGACGCGUUCUUGCUUUUCAUAGGCUACAUCUGAAGAAAGUUGUCCAAAACUACUUGAAUGGUGCCUAAUAGGGCUCGACCUCUUUACCAACAGAAACAUGUCAUUGAGACACCCGUUGAUUUCAUAAUUGUUAAAUAUAUGGAAAAGCCGAUCGAUGGAUCGAUGACCACCAAUUUUUUUUCACUGAAGAAAUCUUUUGCUGCUGCAUUGCCUUUUUUAGAUCAAGAACGCCGUAUUCGAGAAAUGUUAUCUAUUGUUGAAGGAAAUACAGAUGAAGUGAGAAAUUCUGAAGGAGGCGAGGAAAAAGCAACACCUUCAGUAGCAAAGGCCAGGUACAAAAAAAACAAAGAUAUGUAUAAAUUAAUGGUCAUAAAACUGCACUGAAGAUCUAUUAAUACAAUAAUGUUCCAUUGCUCGUAGGAAUUUUUUUGAGAAUCAAGAAAAACCACAACAACCAAAGCCUGUGUUAAAAAAGAAAAACAGCAGCGAGUGGAAACCAAAAAUAGUAACAGAGGAAAUCCCACACAAGCCUCCAGCAGCAACCAUUUUAUCUCCAAAACCAGUUCCAUCCAAACAAAGGGAACCUCAAAACCAGGCUGAUCUGGUUAAACUGGCUUUGGCUGCUCAAAAGGAUGACGGGCCAGUUAAACCUGAAAAAGCGACGAUACCUGUUAAAUUAGAUCCUUCGUCGCAGUUGGUAAGUAUCUGAGUACCUUGAAAGCAGAAGAGAACGGAGUGGCAGUAAUUUCACUAGUGUCUUCAUCUUAUGAUUGAACUUUCGUUAGGAUGGGGUAAUGGUUCAUUUGAUCUGUUGACUGAAAUAAGAAGGUCAUUUAUAUUGGUUCACUCGUCAAGAUAAAGAUGUUUGGUUACUUCCAACACCGUAGUAUGAUAGUGAAAGUAACAAAUGUUUAAUUCAACCGUCUUAGUUCCAGUUUCAUGGUGUUAUAUUUCUACUGAUGAAGAGUAAAACUCAAUAUACUUCAACACUUUUUAUGAUUCUAUGAUUCUUUUUCAGCCUUACAUCCCCCCACCAGACUACAAACUUCCUGCUGAGAAACGCGGCUACUUACGUCACGUGACCCCAAAACCAAAACAAUUGCUACCAGAAAACUUUCACGUGGAAAAUGUUCAUCUGAGACACCAGUUCCCUAAGGACAACCGCCGCACCCAAUCACGUGAGCAACCACAGGGAUACUCUCACUUGCUACGAAAGACCGGAAGAAGAGGAGAACUGGGGAUACAAGAUGACGAUGACAGUGACGUCACUCGAAUAUCAUUUAACGUGCCCUUGAUGGGUGUGUCAUGAUACGCUGACUGCUGGCCAGUUAAAAAUUGACUGUGGAUAGUUUAUUUUGUAUAAUCGUGUUUUGCAGGCCACUCAUUUAUGCCAUACUUUUACGUAUCUCACGCGUGAGCUUUUCAGAAGCCUUCGUGACCGGUGGAAGCAUUUACGAGCACAAAGGCUUGGUAGAAAAGCUGCGCGGAGAAUGAAGAGGAGACCGCGAGGAUGAUUGCAUCUCCUUCAAAACUCUGACAUGUGCACUAAAACCAAUCCAGAAAACUCUCUUUUAAGCCUCGGUACUGGCCUGGAAAACUUUACAUCUAAACUCAAAUCCUGUGAUGCGACAGUUCAAAGUAACCCCUUAAAGUACCACUUUCAAGUCAAAUUUCCUUACAGCAUUUAAAAUGAAAUGGAAUUUUGACUUCGAAUUAAAUACCUUUAAAAACAUAUAUUAAAGAGUUAUGGAAAGCUUCGCUCUAUAAAAAAUGAAACAGUUCCACAAUAUUUGUUGCAUAAGUAGUUGAGGAGGCAUAGACUUGGUGUGAAGACUGCACAGCACUUUUGCAGGUUUCUGCAGGAUUUGUCCAUAAAAUUCUUAAGUUAUUCUAGUACCCAGAAGCCCCACUUAACCAGUGCGCUUUGCUCACUGUGUUUUAAAUUCUCAAAUCAGAUGUAAAAGCAGUAUGUAGAUAUAUAGGCCUUUGUAUAUACAACAGGAUAUGUACCAACCAUUUCCAAACAAUAAUUCAGAGAUAUGAAAUAGUCAUUUAUUGCGAUAAAUUUUUUCUACCAAACAC